GGACCUUUGACUUCAUGAUGAGAGAAAACAUCACCAUGGCUGUUAAGAUCUGUGUUUCUCCUGGAGCGAGGGGGAUUUAUCAAGGCUGAGAGACUCUGGAUUAUCCUUAAACCUUCUGUGAAAUACAUAGGUGCCUCCCUCUCCCUGCGUUGUGAGCAGUCCCGAGUGCAGCUACCAAGAUGGCAUCCAGCCUCACCUGUGCUGGCAUAAUCUGGGCCUUCCUCUCCUUCCUCUGUGCUGCUGCCUCCUGCGUGGGGUUCUUCAUGCCCUACUGGCUAUUGGGGUCUCAGCUGGAGAAGUCGGUUUCCUUUGGCACUUUCCGGAGGUGUUCAUAUCCCGUGCGGGACGAAAGCCUCCAGACGACCGUGAUGGUGGAGCAGUGUGGCCGCUACGCCUCCUUCCAGGCCAUCCCCAGCACCGAGUGGAGGAUCUGCACAGUGGUGACGGGGCUGGGCUGCGGGCUGCUCCUCCUGGUGGCCCUGACGGCGCUCAUGGGCUGCUGUGUGUCUGAGCUCAUCUCCAGGAACGUGGGCAGGAUGGCAGGAGGCAUCCAGUUCCUGGGGGGUUUGUUGAUUGGCUCUGGUUGUGCUCUCUAUCCUCUUGGCUGGGACAGUGAAGAAGUAAGACAAACCUGUGAUAACCUUUCUAACCAGUUUGAACUGGGGACCUGUGAAAUCGGCUGGGCCUACUACUGCACCGGUGGCGGGGCGGCAGCGGCCAUGCUCAUCUGCACCUGGCUGGCCUGCUUCUCCGGCAAGAAGCAGAAGCAGUACCCGUACUGAGAGCAGCCGUGCCAUCGGGCCUGCCCUGGAGCCACGCGACCACCACGGACAUGAGACUUGCAGCAUCCCAGCUCCUUUCGCUGGAUGCGGGUGGCAGAGGGAAGAAUGAGGGCGGCAGGCACGGGCAGGCCUUUCCUCAUGGCCUCCCAGGGCCGGCUCUGGAAAACAUCAUCUGUGUGGACCAGGGGAGCCUGGCUCGUCGAACCGUGAAGAUCCACCUGCACCCAGUACUCCAUAGGUUGGGAACAAGGCAGUGCUGGAGGGCCAGGGCAGCUCCC